AUGUCCAGCCGCCAGUUGCGCAAGCUGCAGAAGCAGCGUGAACUGGAGGAAGCUUUGAAGAAGCAGACUCUCGAAUCAGAGCAAGCCGAAGAAAGUGAAGAAGAGCCCGUACCCGUAGCGAGACCGAAACCCAACCUCUUUGCUGCCCUUGGCGGCGAGGAUGACGAUGCGGAUGCUGAGGCAGAGGAAGAUGACGACGAUACGCACGGCGCUAUGACAGAACCCGCGGUCAGCGAACAAACACCAUCAGCUAUGGCAAAAAAGAGUAAAAAGAAGAAGAAGAAGAGCAAGAAAAAGGCAACCGCAGUGGUGGCAGCGGAGGACGAGGACGAGAUUGACAAGGCAAUUCAUGCGCUCAACCCUGUCAGCAUUGAACAACAUGAGUGUGAUUCAGACGACUUGAAUGUGCGCCGCGCUUUAAUGUUGAAUAAAAUCUUCCAGAUCAACACACAGAACCUCCGCGUCAUAAACGAGAUGCGCAGCCUGUUUGGCCGCGAGGUCAUCGAGUCGGCCGACGCCGAGGAGGAACGACAGCACCAGGAGGUCCGGCGCGGACGCGGCACUCAGGGCCAGCAGGUUGACCUGGAGACGUUUCUGCGCUCGCAACCGCCCAACGCCAAGAAGCUGCCCGAGGUGUCGCGGCGGCGCAAUGUCUUUGUGCAGGGGCGCGACCACUGGCCGGCGGCGUCGGCCAACGGCCUGACGAUGCGGGAGACGCGGCGUUCCCCGGAUGAGGUGCGGUGGGUAGAGUACGCGUGGCAUCACGAGGGUGAAUACGACCAGCUGCAGGCGCUCUUCUUCGCGGUCGUGCAGGAGGGCCAGCCGAUGCGAAUGGUCAGCUUUGUCGCGCGCCUGCCCUACCACGUAUCGACGCUGAUGCAGGUAAGCUUCAUCGCCAAGCAGGACCAGAACAUGGCGUUGUCAGGGGAGCUGUGCGAGCGCGCCCUGUUCACGCUGGGCCGCGUCACGACGUCGGCGUUUCGCCGGGACCUCGAGCAAGGGCGCGCGCGCCUCGACUUUUGCCGCCCGGAGAACCGGCAGUUUUGGCUCGCCGGAUACCACUAUCUGCGUAGCCUGCUGCGCAAAGGCACAUACCGCACGGCGCUCGAGUGGGCCAAGGUCUUGUACAUUCUGGACCCGCGUGACCCGUACGCGAUCCGGCACUAUCUGCACUUUUUGGCGGUGCGCGCACAUCAGCCCCAGUGGCUGCUCGAGUUUCUGGAGUACGUGCAAGGAGACAAGUCUACUAUGCGAGAGGAUAUCAAAUAUGUCAAGCAGAGUGGGAUCCUAGCUAGGCUACAAAUGGGCGAGACGGAGACGGCCGGGAAAGAGCUCGCUGAGGGCAUGCAGACGGUGCCGUGGCUGUACUGCGCGCUCUUCCAAGAACUUGGCCUGGAUGCGCCGCCGUCCAUUUGGGGCACCUACGUCGAGAGCUCUGAGGAGGACGAGCGCAAGUUUUGGAUCAAGCUGUACCUGCACUUUGCCAAGGACCUGUGGAACAACACGCAGGCGAUGGCGCUGCUCACUGACGUAGCCGGGCGUCUGGAAAAGGUCCGCGUCAUGGACCUGCCCCGGACGGACGCGGAGCCCGGGCUCGACGCCACGCGGCUUGCCUACCUCGAGGGCCAGACGAGCAUCUUGGCCGUGGCGCCGCGGGCGCUUCUGCAGCGCCAACCUAACUACGACUUUGACCCCAUGCCGCCGACUUUUGAGGAGAAUGUAUUUGACUACCCGGCGGGCAAGCUGCCGUGGGCGGACCAGGACCCCGAUGAGGGCUGGACGACAGCGUAUCUGCAACGCAUACAAAAUGAUAUCAGGGCGCGGGGCGGCGGCGGCGGCGGCGGCAACGGCCAGCGGAUUCGAGGGCUUGGUGUGGGCGGGCAGCAGUUUGAGGGCGAAGAAUCAGACUACGACGACGUGACAGACGAGGAGCUCCGGCGGGACUUGGAAGAGCAUGCACGCAGGAGCAACGCACCGGGCUACCUCGGCCAGCUGAUGCAGAUGCUGGGCUUGGGUGGUGGCGGCGGUUCCGCGGCGCAGGGCGGCGAGGAUGAGGCGGCUGGUGUGGAAGAGCAGGGCGACGACAUGCCAGGGGCCUGGCGACAAUAG